UGCACCAGUUGAAGCGUUUCACAGGAUAUGUCCUCUCAUAAAGCCAGCACAAUGUUCUCAAAGAUCCACUAGAGCAACGGACCAACCGUCCUGCGUGCAUGCUAUAGUGCAAGACUCAAUUAGAGCUUCUCGCAUCGCCGCAGGUUUAGUGUCAAUGGGCACCGCCGUCGCUACGGCCUACACUAUGGCGAGGGAGAAUGAGGAGGAUGGUUCGACAGUGUUCCGGCCAGGCACGGCGGCUUCGUCGCCGGUGCGCACUGUGGUGGCUUUAGCGUUGUGGCUUGGAGCCAUCCACUUCAAUCUGUUGCUUGUCUUGGCAUCCGUCUUCGUCUUCCCCGGACGCAUUGCCGCCUUGGUACUAGGCACGCAGCUCCUCUUCAUGUUCGCUCCUGUGAGUAACACUAACGGAUGGGGGCGAAACAUCGCCAGGUUCAUAUGCAAACACGCGGCCGACUACUUCCCCAUCACUUUGCAUGUGGUGGACUACAAUGCAUUUGAUCCCAAUACAGCUUACGUGUUUGGUUAUGAGCCGCACUGCGCUAUGCCCUUGGGCUUGUGGGUCCUUGCAGCCCCAAUGGGGUUUAUGCCUCUGCCAAAGAUGAAGAUCUUAGCUAGUAGCGCGGCAUUCUACACACCUUUCCAGCGGCAAAUAUGGACCUGGCUAGGGUUAGUUCCGGCAUCGAGAAAGAACUUCUCCUACUAUCUCGGAGCCGGCUAUAGUUGUGCCGUUGUGCCAGGAGGCCUGCGUGAGAUGCGAUAUAUGGAUCAUGAAUCUGACUCAGAAGUUGCUUUCAUUAGAUCAAGAAAAGGAUUCGUAAGAAUAGCCAUUCAAACUGGUUGCCCUUUAGUCCCAGUGUUCUGCUUUGGACAAGAUCGUGUUUACAAUUGGUGGAGACCCGGAAGUAAUUUACUUGUUAAGAUUGCUGGAUUACUCAAAGCUCCCGCAAUUGUCUUCUGGGGUAAAUUCGGAACCUUCAUACCAUUUCGGUUGCCUAUGCAUGUGUUUGUUGGAAGACCUAUUGAAGUAACGAAAAAUAACCAACCUACAAUGGAUGAGAUAAAUGAAGUGCACGAAAAAUUUGUGAUGGCUCUGCAGGAGUUGUUCAACAAGCACAAGUAUAAAGUUGGAUGCCCUAACCUCCAACUACAAGUCAUAUGAGGCAACAAGUCUUGCACAACAUGUACGAGAAUAAAUAGUCAGCGUUGUUACCUUAAAGUACCGCAAAAAUUGUGUGCUAGAUAGAGCCAAUACAUGAAGGCUCAACAUUAUCGUUUUUCUGAAAGGGACAUCCGUAUGCUAAUGAUGACUGUGCAUGAAUGAAUUGUUCUCAUUUUACUUGAUGAUGUUACUCAUACUUUAAAUAAAUAUGAUUGUGUGCAUUGUAA